AUGGACAGUGCGCACCAACAAAAGCGCAUACGAUUUUCACAGCCAAGGCCAAAACCAGCUCCAAUAGUGCCGCUCAAGGCUGAAGUCACCGUGGCAUCUGUAAUGAUCGCUGCCAAAUCCCUGUCUUCUCUAGACAUAGACCCCCUUUUGUCUUUGUCUCCGGUUCAAACUUCUAUGUGGAAACGCCUCAGGAAAACAGUCAACACCGUUAUUCGCGAACGAAAGGCUGCCGGCAUACCUUUGGGACCUAUUCCGACUGAUGCAGAGAUUGACUACAAAGCUCUGCGUCUCAUCAUCCGUCAAAGCAUGUCGCGGAGGAGCCUAGGUGUCGUGGCUUUGGAAAAGUAUCUGCGGGAGCGACUACGGAUCCUACGACAGGAACGAGUAAAGCAGAUGCUGGAAGAAGCACAAACGAAAGUGAAAGAGCAGGCAGGGAUCAUGGGGCCAGCUGUGCCGGUUUCCCCCCUUGACGCAGCAUCUAUGGAACCACCUGCCUCUGGACCGUCCAUGCCGUCAACCCCCACACGAUCCCGCGUUGGGAUAGGCACGUCCUACAAGUGGAAACGAUUCUUCCGUUUGUUUGGUAGAGGACGUCAGCUGCAUACGCUGUCGCGAGCCUUGGAAGAUGAUCGAGUUGCUCGUUUUUCCCCCCGAACGAACAAGUUUCGUAAAAGUGUUCAUUCUGUCACUUCUCGCCGAAGAACUGCUUUCACGAUUGCUUUCGGCAGUCCACAACAUAAAGCUGUCCAAUUUCCCCCUUCAUCUCUGUUCAAUCGACCCAGCACCUGUCAAGCAGCCUUCAGACAAUUGCUGGAAUUUUCCAAACCCUACCGACGCCCAAGUGUGAAGGCCGUCGUCGAAUUUCACAGGUCGUUAGGCGCAGUUCGAUCGACAACUUCGUUUAACUACGUCAUCUCUGUCUGUAUCCGCGAACGAUUCUUCUCCGAAGCCCAGAAGAGCUUUUUUGAAAUGCGAAGUUGCCAUAUCCCAUGGGAUAGUGCCACUUGGGUGGAGUUUGUUCGGCUCAAUGUCGCGACGAAGAAAUGGGACACGAUAGAGACGAUAUUAGCCAGUCAGGUGGCUGAUUUCGACACGAUGCUCACGCUUCUCCCUGGUCAAGUGAUCCAUCGUCCACGAAAUCCAGUAGCAACGACCAAAGAUACUGAAGAGAAACUCCGGUUGCUUAGUAACGCAAAUGUUUUGGUCACCCAUGAGCAGGCUCUCUGUCUUCCUUACCCCGCGAGGUACAAAAUUAUACGAUCGCUGCUGGUCACUAAUCCAGAUGCGGCCCUCGAAAUGACUAAAUCCUCCAUACGGAAAUUGCCUACUGCGCCAAGCCAGGUGCAACUGGGGCAGGCUCUGGGACUGAUCCACUUGCAUCUUCGAGCGCCCAGCAAGCCGUCUGGAGUCGUCCAAUAUUGGGACGCCUGGAAACGCCUGGAAUCCUUGCUUGAGCUGAACCAGAACAUCCGCCCGACUCCAUUUACCAUUUACCUGCUCCUCAAAUACAUUCGUGGCGUGCGGAAUCGCAACCGGAUGGCGCGAAAAGCGGUCAGCGCCUACAAGAAACGCUGGGGUGAAAGCGUCGAGGAUUAUUGGACACUUCUGGUUCAAGCACGCUACGCGAUGCAUGACAAAGACGACAAUGGCGCUUUCGAUCUGUUGCAGAAAGCACUGAAGCUGCUUCAGGAACACGAACGCAGAGGAGUGGCGGGCAACCCAGCUACAAGUCGUUUUGUAAUGAAGCGCUAUAAUCACGGAUGGAGUCGAUUCUACGAUCUGAUGAGGAGAUGGAAGUUCAGGCGUGAGAGGAUGAAGAUGCGAGCAGACAAUGGGGAUAAGGGGAAGAAAAACGCAGUGGAGUCGCAGGCCCUGGAAGAGGUACCAAGCGUUGUUUCUGUCAAAAUGAGCCUCGCUUUGCCGACACUGGAACAGACCUCGAUAUGCCCGACGUAUCCCGUUCUUGUGCGCGCUCGGUGUUGA